AUGGCUCCCCCCAGAAGACAACGUGAGAAGAAAAAAGCAGUAACCAAUGAGGUCAUUACCAAAGAGUGUACAAUUCACAUGCAUAAAAGGGUCUUUGGCAUUGGCUUCAAAAAGAGGGCUGCACGUGCCAUCAAAGAAAUACGCAAGUUUGCAGAAAAAAUGAUGGGCACCCCUGAUGUGCGUAUUGAUAUUCGCCUCAACAAACAUCUUUGGUCUCAAGGUAUAAGACACGUACCACACAGAAUUAGAGUUUGCCUAGCUCGUAAACGAAAUGAAGACGAAGACUCUACACAUAGAUUGUACACACUGGUUACACAUAUACCAUGUGCGGACUUUAAAGGAAAACAGACCAUCAAUGUUGAUAAUGAAUAA